AUGUCCACAACUAGCGCAACACAUAGUGCGUCUAUGCCUGCAUCAUCGGCCGCGGACAGUGACCUCAAAAAUGUCAAGGCGGCGCUUGUCAGACCAUCCGGUGCCUUCCUUGAUGCCAACUUAGGGCGGCAGACACCCCCCUAUGUCCAUGGGUCUACUAUCUCUCAGAAGGCCCGCAAAACCGGUAUGAAAAAGAUCGGACUUUCCUUGGACAGCAUCUUUCGCCGGGAGAAGAUCUUUACUCAGAACGCAUCAGACGCUUUGGACCUACUUGAAGGUGCUUUGUGCAAAGCCAUCGAUUUCCACGUCACAGAUACGACGACUACGGACGACGAGCACAGAAGACUGAUUGCUGUUGUGGUAGCCGAGCUUGAUACCAUGAAAGACAAGCAAAGCUUCUUCGUUCUGAUCGAACCCUUCGUCUCCAACGUCAGCAAUGCAACGGGUGUACCUAUACCUGCUGUCAUUGCCGCUGCCAAACAAGAUGUGGGUUCCGCUUCGAAUGCCGUUCUUUUUUCGAUCAAGAUCUCCACAAAGAACACAAGUUCGGCUUCGCAGAAUGGCUCGGUCACCACCACCUCUGGUGUAUCUGCAUCGGACGCGAUGGACAUCGAUCUGUAUGGUGUUUCAGAUGAUCAAAGUACCUUGACAUCAGCACCUCGUCCUGAUAUCUCGUUCCAGCAGCCUGCUCUGCUCGGUGAUGACCGCCUAGCACCAAAGCAAAGUGAUCACCAGUAUCUCGGCAAAUUGUCUUACGAGCUCCGCCAACAAGGUCUUGUCUACCUACACGACCAACUGGAGAAGAUGCAGCGCCAAGUCUUUUCAAGAUAUGGGCUUUUGCUUGACAACAACGCACUCAAAAAGCUAGCGCAUGAUGUUGAAAGUAAUGUCCUGCACAACAUACACUCGGAAGUGCUGUCGUUAUCUGACCUACCGAGCAAAUGCUGGCUCGACCAAAGGUACGAGGUUGGCAUUCGAGCCGAGCAUACCGCUUUAGAAGAUGAACGGAUGUUCUUGGCGGGAGUUAGGGAUGAGGAGAUGGACAACGCUGAGGAGACCUCCGUCCCAGUCCAGGUCAACUCGAUAGAUGCGCCGCUCACUCAAGAAGAGCUCAACAUCAUUCAGCCUCUGAGCGCCCCACCUUCGCUGAAUGAUCUUCCUCACGAAAAACGCGUGCACUUCAUGUAUCGCUUGUUUUGGACCAUGAAGCGCAAGAACCACGAAGCGGCAGUGAAACUCAAAGAACGGUUGCUACCAUCGGAGAUACUACCCAUGGUCAAAGAACAGGAACUUGCUGUUCUUCAACGCAUCUCAGACCACAUGCAGAGCCUGCAUCGUCCACCAACGCCUGCAGAAAUCGAACGCGAGUACGACACACAGUCUGAGCACGAACUCCAAGACUGCAGCAAACUCGACCGUUUUGUAAACAAAGCAAAAGAAUUUCAUAAAAACAUCAAGAAGUUCUUUGCAUCGGCAAAGGAUAAGGUCAUCGGCGCGUUCUGUAUCGCUGGCGCAAGCAGUGUAGCUCCUGCUGCUCGACACGCAUCUCCUCCGCUGCCAGUCCAGGAUGUGAAAGGCCAAUUCAUGACUGCUCUCAAGCACGCGAUCAACAAGAUGAACACCAACGCCAGCGACACGUGGAAUGGAGGCCAAGCCAUUCUCCAACUGGCUCAGGUCGACGAUCUUGCGCUGAAGUUGAAGGCUCUCAUGCUGAACAACCUUGACCAACAGCAUAUCGGUACGCCCCUGACUGGUCAACAGCAAGAGACCCUCUACAUUCAGGCUGGUCACGAAAUGCUGAAGCAGAUUGAGGAUAUCGACUGCUUUAUCCAGACAGUCCAAGCAUACUUGGCUAUGCCUGGCUGA